CUUCAUCCUCCGUCAUCCAUCAACAAAAUGGCUCUCGGCGUCAGUGCGCAUGCGCGGCGCACCUCUGGCAGGGAGGGCAGGUAUGCGCUCUCGUGCGGGAGACUGACAGACACUCCCGGCUCGCGCUCAGAGUCCAGCAUGCGGUGGCAGGAGGCGCGAGGAGACACCGCCUGAUCCGAGCCCCGCAGCCCGCCGCCGCGCGCCCCGGAGCCCGCUCCUCUCUUCUCCGGGAGUUUGUGGAGGUUUGUUUCUUCAUCUCGCGCAGGAGGCGCGUGCGGGGCACAGACACCGCCCCGAGCGAGCACAGGUGAGGGGGAACCCGAGCCGCCCCCAGGUGCACACCCCGGGAUUUUGGACGCGCUGCCGGGGAGAGUCAUGGGGAGAGCGGGAGUGUGAGGAGCGGACUUCCAGGACCAGCUGAGCGUCUUCAUCCUCCUCCUCCUCCUCCUCCUCCUCAUCCCUGCUCCGCAGCUCCAGGUGUUCACCAUGUUCCAGCACAGCAAUAACAAGAAAUGCUUCACCAUCGAGUCUCUGGUGGGGAAGGAGGCGAGCGGCCACAGCAGCCCCGGAGGGGACGAGCCCAUCCGGCCCACGGCGCUCCGCUUCCCGGAGUCCCUGCACCCGGCCACCGCCGCCGCCGCCGCGGCCGCCGGCGUGUUCGGCUCCUGCUUCCAGGGGAGCGGCGGCAGGACUUUGUUCGGGGCCGGGCCGGACAUGGUGCUGCAGGAGCCCGGGACGCACACGCAGGGCCCCGCGGCGCUGCCGCUGCACCCGCUGCAGAUCCCCCCGCAGAGCUUCUUCAGCCCGCAGCACCGGGACGCGCUCAGCUUCUACCCCUGGGUGCUCCGCAGCCGCUACCUGGGACACCGCUUCCAAGGUGAGGACAGCAGCCCAGAGAACCUCCUGCUCCACGGUCCGUUCUCCAGGAAACCCAAGCGCAUCCGCACGGCGUUCUCGCCGUCCCAGCUGCUGCGCCUGGAGCGAGCCUUCGAGAAGAACCACUACGUGGUCGGAGCGGAGAGGAAGCAGCUGGCCAGCGGGCUGUGUCUGACCGAGACGCAGGUGAAGGUUUGGUUCCAGAACCGCCGGACGAAGCACAAGCGCCAGAAGCUGGAGGAGGAGUCUCCGGAGGCCCAGCAGAAGAGGAAGGGCAGCCAGCACGUCAGCCGCUGGCGCGCCGCCACGCAGCAGAGCGGCGGCGAGGACGUGGACGUCAUCAGCGAGGACUGAAGGCCGCCGGCCACGGUUGCGCGCCACG